CGGCGUGCCCGGGGCGCUUCCAGUUAGCGUCAUGGAAGUUGUUAAAUGUCCGAAGCACGGGACUGUCUGCUUCUUAAAGACCGGCGUCCGCGAUGGCCCGAAUAAGGGAAAGAGCUUCUACGUGUGCCAGACGAACACAUGCGGCUUCGUGCAGGCCACCGAUAUUCCUGUUUCUCAUUGUUUAUUGCAUGAGGACUCCGUGGUAGAGCUUCAGGGCUUGUUUCUACCACAGGGCAAGAAAGAAUGGAGGUUGUUCUUCCGGUGUGCUAGAAGUAAGGCGGAGGGGAAGCGCUGGUGUGGAAAUGUCCCGUGGCAGGAUCCUAAUUCUAAAGAACACUGUGUACCCAGCAAGCCUCCACAGGCAUCUCAAUUAUUUCCUCAUUCUCCCAGCCAGCCAAGAAACCCGUUUAAGGUGCUUAACAGUAAUCCAAAAGCAACUCUCUGGAAACAGCUGGGCGUAGGAGAAGGUGAGGGAAAGACAGCUGAUAAGCUGAGAGAAAGCAAAGACGAGCUCUUGGAUCAAAAGAAAGAACAGAAGCCCAAGCCUGAGUGCAGGAUGGAGAAAGAUCCCUCCCCUGACCUGGUGACAGAAAGACAGUCUGGGGCUGAGGGGAAAGAACAAGAGAACACAAACUUUCAGCCCCAAACUGAGACGGAAGGAAUGGCUUCCAAACAAGGCCAUGGAGAUACGCUCCGAGGAACUCCUGUGGUUCCUCAGAUGUCAGAGAGUGGGAGUCGAGAUGACCCAAACAAGGCAGAACCUCGGAGAGAAAAGGAAACCCAGCUUUUGCCUCAGAAUGUUCCUGGCCAGAAUCUAGAAAGCAAGGCCCAGAAAGAGCAACACGUCAGCAGGGAGCAGCUCAAGAAUAGGGAGGCCCCCGGUGCACAGGCCUCCCAGGAAGGAGCUCCUCGGCUUUGCUUGGGAGAGAUCCGCCAUGCUGCCUUCAGCAGUGAUGGCAGUGAGGAAGAUGAUGGUGUUUCCAGUAGGCCAGAGUCCCCACUUCUCUUUGACUUGACUGUGGACUCACAGAAGAGGGGGGACCUUCAUCUUUCUGAUCAGUGUAUGCAAAGUAAGAUACCUGCUGCUUCAAGUGUUUCCAAGAAGGGAGAGUCACCCGACUCAGCAGCCCAGCGUGCAAACCUGACAACACAGCUGAGGCAGAAGAAGGGCACAUUGGCUGCGGUGAACAUCCAGGCUCUCCCUGACAAGGGUGAGAAGUUGCUUAAGCAAAUCCAGGCGUUGGAAGAUGCACUCGGUGCUCUGGCUCUCUCCCCAGAGCAAGGAACUAAGGACAGCUGUAGCUCUCGGGAACCUCAGCAGACCAAGACUACCAAGACCGCUGCUGACCCUCCACACUUCUUGCCUCCCCAGCCCCUUCCCAGUCAUCAUGUCCAGCUGGCAGGCUCUCUAGGACUAAAGGCAGGCCGCCAAGGAACUUCUGAAGGAUCCAGCCAGUGCUCAGGAGGCCAUAUGAACCAGCAGCACCUUCAUAGUGUGUGGAAAAUCACAAGUGAAGCCAUUGAUGAGCUGCAUCGGUCACUGGAAUCUUGUCCUGGUGAAACAGCAGUGGCAGAAGACCCAGCUGGCUUGAAGGUCCCUUUGCUACUCCACCAGAAGCAAGCAUUAGCUUGGUUACUGUGGCGGGAAAGUCAGAAGCCACAAGGAGGGAUUCUGGCGGAUGAUAUGGGCUUAGGAAAAACCUUGACAAUGAUUGCACUUAUCCUAACCAAGAAGAAUCAGGAGAAAAGCAAGGAAAAGGACAAAAGCUUCCCUGUGACGUGGCUGUCCAAGGAUGACUCCUCUGUUUUUACUUCCCGUGGAACACUAAUUGUGUGCCCCGCUUCCCUGAUCCAUCACUGGAAGAACGAGGUAGAGAAACGAGUGAACAGCAACAAACUCAGAAUCUAUCUCUACCAUGGGCCAAACAGGAAUCGGCAAGCAAAAGUACUCUCUACAUAUGACAUCGUGAUUACUACUUACAGCCUUCUGGCCAAGGAAAUUCCCACAACAAAGCAAGAGGGAGAGGUCCCAGGUGCAAACCUCAGUGUGGAGGGCAUCUCAGCACCUUUGCUUCAAGUAGUCUGGGCUAGAAUCAUAUUGGAUGAAGCUCAUAAUGUGAAGAAUCCUCGAGUCCAGACAUCCAUUGCUGUGUGUAAGCUACAAGCUCAGGCCCGGUGGGCUGUGACUGGAACCCCCAUUCAGAACAACCUGUUGGAUAUGUAUUCACUGAUGAAGUUUCUCCGCUGUUCCCCGUUUGAUGAGUUCAGUCUUUGGAAGAGUCAGGUUGACAACGGUUCAAUGAAAGGAGGAGAGCGGUUAAGCAUUUUAACCAGGAGCCUUUUGCUGAGGAGAACAAAAGACCAACUGGAUUCUACUGGUAAACCUUUGGUGCUACUGCCCCAGCGUAGACUUCAGCUGCACCAUUUAAAGCUCUCUGAAGAUGAACGGGCUGUUUAUGACGUCUUUCUUGCAAGGUCAAGGUCAGCUCUCCGGUCCUAUCUAAAGAGACACGAAGGUAGAGGCAGCCACCCUGGAAGAAGCCCUGAUAAUCCAUUCACUAGAGUGGCCCAGGAGUUUGGGUCCAGUGUGCCGCGGAGCUCCGCUGCAGCAGACUCACAGAGACCCAGCACCGUCCACGUCCUGUCCCAGCUUCUACGACUUCGCCAGUGCUGCUGCCACCUGUCUCUACUGAAGUCGGCCUUAGACCCGACAGAGCUGGAGAGCGAAGGCCUCGUCCUGUCCUUGGAAGAACAGCUCAGCGCUCUGACCUUGUCCAAACUCGACUUCUCAGAGCCAUCGCCCACCGUUUGUCUUAAUGGCACAUGCUUCAAGGUGGAGCUUUUUGACAACACACGAAAGAGCACCAAGGUGUCUUCUCUGCUGGCAGAACUGGAGGCAAUCCGAAAAGGCCCAGGGUCCCAAAAGAGUGUCAUUGUCUCUCAGUGGACCAGCAUGCUGCAAGUGGUAGCACUGCACCUCAGGAAGCACGGACUCACUUAUGCCACCAUAGAUGGCUCUGUCAAUCCCAAACAGAGAAUGGAUUUGGUGGAGGCAUUUAACCACUCCCGGGGGCCUCAGGUUAUGCUAAUCUCCCUCUUGGCUGGUGGUGUUGGACUCAAUCUGACUGGAGGGAACCAUCUUUUCCUUCUGGACAUGCACUGGAACCCCUCACUUGAAGACCAAGCUUGUGACCGGAUUUACAGAGUAGGACAGGAGAAGGAUGUAGUCGUGCACAGGUUCGUCUGUGAGGGGACAGUGGAAGAGAAGAUCUUACAGCUCCAAGAAAAAAAGAAAGAGUUGGCCAAACAGGUCCUUUCAGGAUCUGGAGGAUCUGUCACCAAGCUCACACUGGCUGACCUCAAGGUCCUCUUUGGCAUCUAGCUUCCUCUGCCAGUGCUGUAUGUGCUAGGGUCUGGAGUGGAUCUUUCCAUGAUCCUAGAGCCUUAGAUGCCAUCUUACUUAAACUGGGGCAUAUUCCUCUUCCAGGAAUUGAGCAUGGGUCACCAUGUUAACAAACUGGUUAGUUCAACAUGUUUAUCCACUUGUGUGAUGCCAUAGAAACCAGUUGGUUAUUUCAGAUUGAGCCUGUCAUGGUGGUGCAUGCCUAUAAUCCCAGCACUUAUGAAGCAAGAGGAUGGAGAGUUCCAGGCUGGCCUGGGUUAAAGACUUUCAAAACAAAGCACAGAAGUGCUUUGGAAGCCAGUCAUAGUCUAUAUAAUCCCAGCACUGGAGAGGCCGAGACAAGAUUGUGAGUUAGAGGCCAGCUUAUGCUACAGGGUAAAUUCUAGUCCAACCUGGCCUACAGAGUGAGACCAAGUCUUAGAAGUUAGAUGGUCUGGGAAAAUAAGUCUAGAAGAAUUGUACAAAUGCUUUGGUGAAACCCAACAAGUCAUUACAAGCAUGGUGACAAAUGCUUAUAAUACCAGCACUUUGGAGGCAAAGCUAAAAGGAUCUUGAGUCUGAGAUUAGUCUGUGUAACAUAUUGAGUUCUUUGGCAGCCUUAAUUACAUGGUGAGACCCUGUCUAUCAAACAGCCACAAAGCCCUCAGUUGAUGGGGCACCUGGUCUUAAUUACCUUUUCUGUAUAGGCUCUGUCCUGUCUCCUUGCUGGCGGGCUGCUCCUUGUAAACCUCUUUGUAGGCUGAGAAGACGGAAGAUCAUGUAACCAGCCAUUCCUAUGUGGCUGGAUGAAUCUAGACAGUUCCUCAGACUUAGGGUCAAGAUAUUUUGCAUAUAAACAGAUGUUGCAUAGUCAUCAUGGUAUCAUCUAGCGUCUGUCAUUUAACCUGUGCAUCAUUGUUUCAUUUAGGAGUAUUUCAACAUCAGUGUGACUGUGUUACUCAGUUUCAGCACUGUAUCGUUUAGUAUCUGAGCCAUUUGGUAUCACAGUAUUUCUAUCAUGUAGUAUUUGUAUUAUUUAAUGCUGAUGUCAAUUUUAGUUAUCAGUAGCAUUUAAUACUGUUGUAUCAUUUAGUUUAUACCAUGUACCACCUUGUGUUAUCAUUGGUGUAGUCUUAAUAAAUGUGUUGGACAGUG